AUGGAGAACGUCAAGGAAUUUGCUGAUAUGCCCGCUGAGUUCCUCAAGGAGGGUACUCUCUUCAUGAACCGCUGCACCAAGCCUGACAAGAGGGAAUUCAUCCGCAUCUCGCAAGCUGUCGGCAUUGGCUUCUUGAUCAUGGGUGUCAUUGGCUACAUCGUCAAGCUCGUCCACAUCCCUGUCAACAACAUCCUCGUCGGUGGCUCGUAA